AUGCAGCUUGCUCGCAUUCCGUCCUACGAGGAGGCCAGCGUGGCCGGCGCUGAGUACACGCUGUCGCCCAUGUCCCCCCUAGCCCACCUGAGCAAGAAGAUCGACGUGACAAAACUGAAGACGAAGGCGUGCCGCUACUUCCUUCUUGGUGUGACAUGCCCGUUCGGGGAUAGUUGCGCCUUCUCUCAUAGCGAGCCUGUCUCCCCCGCCGCGUACGCGCCGGCACGGAUGACUGCGAAGAGCUCCGCUAGCCUGAACUUCGAGGACCUGUCCAAGUCCGGGAGUCCCCAGCUGAGCGAUACGCAGUCUAAUGACGCCGCUGGUGACGUGGCGGAGCGCGUUGUGUUUGGACAGCCCCCGCCGGCCUACGAGGUCGCCCUCAAGGAGUCCGAGACCUUGGCGGCAGCGGCAGCGGCGGCUGAGGAGCUGGCGACCCCACCGGCGUACCCCAAGCGCUUCCGCUUCGACCCCUACAGCGUGAACUGGAUCGCCUACGAGAAGACCGCUUAA